CGAACGAAGCAGAGUAGUUUCCGUUAUCCAUUCAAUCUCUUUCUCUCUCUAAAAUCCUUCUCUCUUCCUCUCUCUUUUCGCGAAUUAGGGUUUUUCCGAAUCUCUCUGCUCUUCGAAUCCGAAUCCGACCGUCUCAGCCAUGAGUUCCGACUCGAUCACUGCCGCUUCGGUUCCCUCGGCCGCCAACGCCAGGGAUUUGGGCAAGAAGAAGAGGGCCAACAGGUCCGCCAAAUUGAAGCAGUGCAAGCUUGAUGCUCGUCGCGAGCAAUGGCUUUCUCAAGGCACGGCAAAGAACAGGGGAUUCAAGGAGGAACAGAACGGCGGCGUUCAGUGCGGCAAAGGGGGCAACCGGGCGUUGGAGAAUUUGGAAAUGAGUUCCAGGGGCGAAGAUAUGGAUCGAUCGAUUCAUCAAGACAGCGAUUUGGACUCGCCGUCGAACAGUCCCACCAGUGCUACCAGUAGCGUCCUCGGCGGUGCUGAUUCGAGUACAAACUUCACCGGAAGUGGCAGCAGUGGAAGCAGUAGCAGUAGUAGUAGUGGUGGGUGCUGUUCGGGGUGUAUAACGGAAGAUGAGGAAGGUGGAGGAGAAGAUGAUGGUGACGGCUUGGAUGAUUGGGAGACCAUGGCUGAUGCUUUAGCGGCGGACGAGGACAAGCCCCAAGGCCAAAAUCCGAGUUCCGAAUCCGAAUCCGUUGCCCAAGUUGUUUCUCCGCGGCAAGUGACCGAUGGGACGGGCCUAAGAGAUGGAGAUUCGAAGCUGGAGUGUCCGAAAAUGGUUUCAGGGGCUUGCGGGAAUAGCCGGGCGUGGAGGCCGGACGAUGCAUUUCGACCUAGGAGUUUACCCAAUUUAUCUAAGCAGCAAAGCUUGCCUAAUCCGGACCGGCAUUAUGGCGGAGGAGGGGUUGCGUGGGCUUCUAAGAGUGUGGUGUCUGCGCCGACCUCGUGUCCUAUAUGCUGUGAGGAUUUGGAUGGCACAGACUCAAGCUUUUUGCCUUGCUUGUGCGGAUUCCGGCUCUGCCUUUUCUGCCACAAGAGGAUUCUUGAGGAGGAUGCGCGUUGUCCCGGCUGCAGGAAACCGUAUGAGACUGACCCUAUCGAGGCGGAGGCAAGUGUAAAUGGGGGCAGCCUGACAUUCCGGUUGGCUCGUUGUUGUAGCAUGAUCACGAGGUCUUAGGUGGAGUCUCUGUUUUCGUCCAUUAAGUAUAUUGGGUCUCUCUCAUUUUGCGUGUCUCGUGUGUUCUGUUUAGUCUUAGGCUCUGUUUCUCUCUUUUUUAAUAGAGGUAGAUGUUGGCAUAGGGUUUUGAGCACCCGGGAAUUAAGCUAUUAUCUUAUGAGUUUGGUUCUUAUAUGAAUGGUGCAUUCGUUGAUGUAGAGGACACAUCUUGGUAUGUGAAUAGAUAAGGUGGUAUAGAAAUUCAAUACAUAAAAGAUGAUUACAAUAUGAUUUUUCUUUUUUCCU